AUGCAUUUUUCUAUUCCGGACUUACAACAAUUUCGAGACGACAAUGGACUUACUUACACGGGCUUCAACAUACAUAUUGAUGGAUUUUACCACUGCACAGCUCGCUUUAAGCAGAUGCUUAGUCUGCAUGAGCAAUUACAGUCACAAUACUCUUACUUUAAAUUGCCACAGUUUCCACCAAAAAAGUUUUUUCUUACUAGUUCACAAUUAGAAGAACGCAGAAUUCUUUUAGAGAAAUAUAUCCAACUGAUUGGACAAAAUCCAGUUUUGGCUAAUUCAGGAAUAUUAAUGACAUUCCUUUUAACUGCUCAACAAGAAUCACAUAAUGUCAAAGUUCACGUUGUUGAUAUAGAGAUCUCUUUGAUGAAUGGAUAUAGAAUACCACUAUCAGUAUCUUCAACUGAUACAUCAAGUACUGUUUUAGACAUUGCAUGUAAUUAUGUGAAUCUCCCAAAAGAUUUGACAAAAUACUUUUCACUGUUUCUAUUUAACUGGAGUUGUGCAAAAGAUGGACAGCCAAGUUUUAAGAAAUUGGAAGAUUUUGAAUCACCAUAUAUUUCCCAGAAAUAUGUUAGACCUGAAGAUAAAAUUGUGUUAAGAAAAAGUUAUUGGGAUCCUUGUUAUGAUAUGGACCUAGUUCAAGACAGGGUUUCAAUAGAUUUACUGUAUCUUCAAAUUAUAGAAGACAUUGAUUUAGGGUGGAUAACUGCUGAUUCUGAGACUAAAGUCAUACUUUCAUCACAUGAAUCAAAAAAACAAAAGAGAGAGUACAUUGAGUUGGCUAGAAGUUUAAGGCAUUAUGGCCGAAUCCCAGCUGGAGAGGGCUUAACAGAAGCAUUAAAUAUUGGUGACAUGGGUGGUGCUUUAAUAAAUGUACGAGUGUCUUUAGCAUGCAAGGAAUUAUCACUCACAAGUGUAACACAUCCAAGCCAUGAACAGAGAUAUAAAGUAACACGAAUGCGUUGUUGGCGUAUCACAACUUUACAUUCGCUGGACCAUUCACAUAAUGGAUCUUUACUAGAAGAACCAACAAAAAACUUUGAGCUUUCAUUUGAAUAUCUUAUAAGCAAGGAUAAUCUCAUUUGGGUAACAUUGAAGACUGAAAAUGCAAUUUUUAUCAGUGUAUGUUUACAGUCAAUAGUCGAUGAGUUGAUGCGUCAAAAGAACGGUGAGGGUCCUAUAUCCCCACGCUGUAAACGAGCAAGUCUCACCUACUUACGUCGGGAUGGCUCCAGUCAACUUAUAACACCUUCAUCAUCUAGCGAUACACUUAGUUCUAUAAAUGGAGACUCUUGCACUUCGGGAAGUUCUCGUGAAAUAUUCUCAGUUCAAAAGUUAACAGAGAAAUUUGCCUCAGUCGCGUUCAAAACUGGCAAGGACUGUGUGGAAAAUAACGCUUUUGAAGCUAUAGGUGAUGAAGAGUUGUAA